AUGUCUCUGAUGAUUCUCAGCCGGCUCUCGAGGCUCGGCCUUGGGAAACCUGCUUUGGUGGGAAGAAGAUCCUCUAAUCUUCUUCUUCUUAUCUCCAACGACUUCUCAUCUUCCUUGAUGCAAAAGCAAACCCCUCCCUGUUACAUCCACGGCGCUAUACCUUGUGGAUUCAAUCUCGGAACACUCUCCAUUUGCAAUGCUAACGAACUGAGAGUCAUUGAUAUCGACAAGAAGGCGCCUAUGGAUUUGGUGUAUAAUACUCCGAAAGUGGCAACGAUCGGUGCAUCACAUGGCUGGGUAGCUACUUUGAACGAGGAGGGGACUCUGUGUCUCCAAGAUGAUCUAAACCCAGCUGCAUCGGACAUCGAACCGAAACGCAUCCCGCUGCCUCCUCUUGUGACUCUGCCUCAUUGCCAAACCAACGUCGUCACAAACGUGGCCAUGUCCACGUCUUCUCCAGAGGAUGAGGACUGUGUUGUGGCUGUCAAGUUCUUGGGUCCUCAGCUGAGCUUUUGCAGACCCGGUCAUGGAGACGAGACCUUUCGCAUCCCCGGAUCUGGAGGACACCUCAUCGGGUCAUGGGAUCCGUGCAACCCAAGCGACAAGCCGAAGCUGCAGAGCUUGCGGUUUCAAAACUUUCCUCCGGCGCUGAGGACGAGAACGGACAUUCGCCAGCGUCUGGAUUCGUGCUCCAAGAGCGAACACCUGGUGGAGUCGAGAACCACCGGUGAGACUUUCUUGGUCAAGUGGUACAAGAAGACCAACGAGAUCAAGGACGGUGUUGCCCAUAUGAAAACAGAGUAUGUACAGGUUUUCAAGCUUGACGAAGAAGGCAACGCUGUUUGCACUCAAGAUGUAGGAGAUCUCGUCAUUUUCCUAUCAAAGUGCGAACCUUUCUGUGUCCCUGCUGCUUCCUUUCCCGGUUUGCUUCCUAACCACGUUUACACCAUUGAUACCCAUGAAGUCGGAUUUAUCGAUCUGGGUAGCAUGUUCAUCACUAGUUUGGGUGGUAUAAAUGAUGCCCCUUUCUAUAUCUCACCUCAAAAUAUAGAAGAAAUGGAGUCACAGAGUCCGUCGCAAGCAGCUGAAACAGAGUCAGCUUGCUGA